ACAAAAUUAAUACGACCGGUUAGUUAAUCUGGUCUCAAUUUAACUUGGAACGAUUUUUGGUGCGGGAUAGUUCGUCACGCAUAAAUAGUUUGCGUUGUGCUUUCAGCAUUAUGAACAAAAUCUUCAAAGCACGCAUAACUUAGAGCUUGGUCAAAUUGUUAGUUAUUUGGGAAAAAUAUGGACAGGAAAAACCUAAUUCUUGCGCAAAAAAGCGCCUUUUUGGAGAAAACAACAAUAACAAUCGAUGCAGCUGCUGCUGCUGGAGUUCAACAAAACGGAAUCAAGUCUGAAGGCAUUUUCGACUCAGUAGUUAAAUUUAGACAGUUGAACUGGCUUUCGUUUCCAAAAGAAAUUGAUUCCGGCUUUCUAGGUGAUAGCUACAUCAAAUUUGAAGUUAUUCAGUUUGAAACAAAAAAAGGAAAAAUGGUUCAACGAGAAAUGACUGAAGAAGAUAAUCGUUACUGGAAAUAUGGACUUUGCCAUGAAAUCGGACUUGUAAAGUUAUGUGUCUUGUGUUAUCAACAAUUCUAUGGACUUCACUCGACCAAAGAUCUUCUCAAGACACAGUGCAAGAACAAAACACCACCGGAAAAGAUGAACUUAUGCCUUCACAACUGCCCUGGCUUAAAAAACACUACCUUCAAAAGCACAAUUGUAUUGAAGUACCAGCAUUUCAAAAUCUGCAACAGUGGGGAAAGUAUAUUGCAGAAAUGCUUCAAUGACCGACUCAACGGCUUAGGCUUAAUCGAAGAAGCAACCGACCUUACUACUUUGUCCAAGGAAGUUUCCACUGAAGCAAACACACACAUUGGAUCACAAUCAACCGCAAUCAACCAAAUAUCAACAAAUAUGGGAACUACUAAGACUACAUCUAAGACUACAUCUAAGGCUACACCUAAGACUACAUCUAAGACUACAUCUAAGACAACGACUACAUCUAAGACUUCGUCUGAUACUACAUUUAAGACAACGACUACAUCUAAGACCUCGUCUAAGACCUCAUCUGAGACCUCGUCCAAGACGUCAUCUGAGACCUCAUCUAAGACUACAUCUGAGACCUCAUCUAAGACUACAUCUGAGGCAUCAUCUGAGGCUACAACCGAGACAUCGAGUUUUAACAUUUCAAUGUCAAACACCUCCGACAACAUAACGGAUGAGACUACUACUGCAAUAGUCUUUGGUCCAGGUGAAAAUGGUGCAAAUAACAACGGAGCGGGUAGAGAUACUGCAGCAAAGAAAAAUAAAAAGAAGCCGAAAGGCAGCAAAUACCUUCUAGCUGGAGCUGAAAAAGUCAGCCUAGAUUGUCUGCAUACAGUUUUACAAGUCAUAACUUCAGUUUUUGGAGGCAUACAAAUAGCGACAGCGUGAAAAAGUUUUAGUCUAAGUUAACCUCAAUGAAAAAAGCAUUCAAACAAAGUAACCUGCCAAAAAAAGUUUGACUCGUGUUGUUUGAAAUAUGGUUUGACUUGAGUUUUGUGUGCUUAAUUGGGCGAAAAAAUAAUUAGCAAUUUUAAAAGGUGCAGUAUUAAUUUCAAAUAGUGCCAGAAGAUAACUGAAACGGAAAAAAUUAAUGGGAUGGAAUUAGCUCGAACUGUCCAGUUGAAAACUAAUUAUCCGAUUUGAGAAGUUUAAUAUUUUCAUGUGUAAA